CGGUGUCGUGAUUUUGUUUGGUGUUGAGUGUAAAAUGUCUGGCUUUAAUUGAAUGAGGUCUGAGAUUUCAGGUUAAUGUUAAGCUAAAGUUAACAGCACGUUACUUUUAUCCCCGGUGCGUGUCGGAUGUAAACUCACCUGCAUAGAGAUGUUGCGUCGUCCAAAGCCAACUGACUCUGAGGCUGACCUCCUGAGAGAGCAGGAGCGGUUUCUGACCUCCGGUGCUCCGUCUGCUGCCAAUGUGGUCCGCCGACCUGACAAGAGGAGAGGCGAGGCUGGAGGAGAGGGAGCGGAGCAUCAGGGAGAGGAUGAAGAGAGACAGAGGGAUGUUGUCACCAUAGAAGAUCUCCCGGACCAGCUCCCAUCUCUGACGCCAGCCCCUGCUAAGAAGUCUCGCCUUAAAGCCAGUCGUGUCACGUUCGAGGACGAGGAUGCCGGUGUGAGGCUCGACACACAUGACACUCACAUCAGUGCUGUCCUUUCCAGGAUCGUUGAAAGAGACACCAGCUCUACUCCGAUAUCUCUACCAGCACUUACAGGCCUGGCUUUCCCCAAAGUUUUGCACCGCUCAGAAACCAGCAGUCAGGUGCCACUGUCUUCUCCUGGUGGAAAGAAGAGUAUCUUUGCACGUCAGAUUGCUGCACAGAGGGUUAAAGAGGGAAAGACACCUUUACACUGCGCACCUGAAGCUGUUCACACACCUGAGACCAGUAUGGAUACAGAUCAGUGUGAUGCUGCGGGUGAUUCUUCGGGCCCCAGGCUGGUGUGUGGUCAGGGGCUUGCAGGCCCAGACAGCUCAGGAGAGACCAUUAGGAUCCACAGGGAGAACCAGGCUAAGCUGCAGGCAAUGUCUCGGUCUGAGAUACUUGAUGAGCAGAAGAAACUCUUAUCCCAGCUCGACCCUAGACUGGUGGAGUUUGUUAGAUCUCGUAAAGCCCAGAGCGACCCGUCCUCUGCCUCCCCAUCCAAACACCUUCAGGUCAAAAGUGGCAAUGCAAACUUUCCUCUUGAAAAUGCGUGCAGAGAGUCAGACUCCUCCAGUACUGCUGCGCUGCUUCAGAAACCUCAAGAAGUAGAAAUGGAAGCAGAGGAGGAGGAGGAAGGGCCACCGCCGCCUGCUGUGACGGAGGAAGAUCUGCCAGUAAAGCCUCAGAAGGAAUGGGUCCACAUGAACAAGCUUGAGCCAGAGAAGCUGGAGUGGAUGAGAGACUUACCUGCUCCCAAAAGGAAAGGAACCAAGAAGGCCAUGCAGGCUCGGUUUGACUUUGCGGGGACAUUAAUUCCACCCACUGAGGAUCUGCCAACCCACUUAGGCCUGCACCACCAUGGAGAGGAGCCUGAGCGGGCAGGUUACUCCCUGCAGGAACUCUUCCUGCUGUCUCGGAGUCAGCUCAUCCAGCAGAGGACUUUGGCCCUCAGCACGCUGGCCAACAUCCUCGCAAAGGCACGUGCUGGGGAGUAUGUGUCUGUUCUGACAGGCAGCAUAGUGUCCACUCUGCUCGAUGCCGGCCUGCUCUUCCUUCUCCGCUUUGCGUUGGACGACAGUGUGGAGGGAGCGAUGUCUGCAGCCGUGCACGCUCUUAAAGCACUCCUUGUGUGUGCAGAAGAUGAAGAGUGUUUGGACAGCACGUUUUCCUGGUUUCGUGGCCUGGCCUCCUUCCCUCUGCUGCCAUCUGCUCAGGAGGAGGAAGAUGAGGAGGAUGAAGGGCUGCCUGAAUAUAUGAGGGAUACCCCGAAAGAGAAGGAAGAGAGGAAGAGCGAUCACGAUGUGGCCAGACAGGAUGUUGUCAAGGGUCUGUUAAAGAUGAAACUGCUCCCCAGGCUACGUUACAUCCUUGAGGUGGUGCGACCUUCUCCUAGAGUGGUCCAGGACAUCCUGGAGAUCCUGACUCGUAUCGCCAGGCACUCCUCCUCAUCUGCCACCCAGGUGCUUGACUGUCCUCGCCUGAUGGAGACAGUGAUGUCAGAGUUCCUCCCCCCUUCCUGGACAAUGCCAUCAUUGCCUCUUCCUCAGUCUGUCUAUGGACUCCCCCUGGCCAGCAACAUGAAGCUGUUGAGGGUAUUGGCCACAUCAGGCAGACACGCCUGUGCCAGACUGUUAAACUCUCUUGGAGUGAGGGAGCGUCUGUCUUCUCUGCUGAGUGCUGAGCCCAGUGAACUGCUGCUGGAGUCGACCGAAGCCCUCAGGAUCACCACUGAAUCCUACAGGCUGUGGGCUGUAGCAGCCGGCUACGGACAAGCCUGCAAAUUAUACAUAGACCUGUAUCCAAGCUUAGUCAAGGGCUUACAGUCGGUACACAGACUCCUGGCUCCUUCAGAUCCUCUGCUGCCCCUGCAGAUCCAGCGCACCCUGGCUCUGCUUUGUCUGCUCACACAGGUCACACACACUGCCGGCUGCCAUCAGGAGCUCCAGGCUGGUAUGGUCAGUUCUCAGGGAGAAGAAUGCCCUCCUCCUCCACCAGUGUCCUGGGGCCAUGUCACCGGGUUGCAGGCGCCCCUACUGGGGCAUUUGAAGGGCUUUGUGAAGAACCUUGAUGAUCCAGAGCAGAAAGAGAGCAGCCUGGCUGUGAUACCAGCUUACCUGACCUACCUAGAAGCUUACUACCAUCAACUUUCCAGACAGAACUGUUUCAAGCCACUUGAGACUCUCCAAGAACUGGAGCUGCUGACGUCUGAGGUUCUUCUCCCUCUGAUGUCCCACCAUGUUGUUCAAGGCCUGAUGAAGAACCUAAAGUCUUCCUCAGUAGUGUGUAAUGUCCAGCCCAGUCAUCUGGGUCCAGAGACUAUUCCCAGCCUUCCUGGUUUGGCCUGCCCAGGAUUGAAAGACCGCCUGGGCCUGGUUGUUCCCAGCUCCCCCUUUCCUCUUCUCACAAGCCUGGGGCUCCUCCUGGAAACAAUCACAAGCAUCCAUAAAGGCCUCAGCUGCAAGUUCACUGGUCUCCUCCUGUCAGAGCCUGUUAUUGGUUACCUGCAAAGUUGCAGUCAAGCUACGCCCACCCUGUCUCACACCAGAGCCUGGCUUCUCCGUCAUGAACACCACCUCCUCUACCUGCUGCUCCGGCUGGCACACAGACUUGUUCCCACUGAGCCACAAGUAGCCAAGCAUGCCUCAUUGUACCACCAGGUGGCUCUGGUCCUGCUGCCAUGGUUGUUACCAGGUAGCGAGUAUCUGGCACAUGAACUGCUGUCCACCAUCAUCUUCAGCAAGGACUUCCUCUCAGAGGGCCACAGUGGAGGACCAGAGGCCGUAGAGCUAGGCGAGCUGAAACUCCAAGAGGAAACACAAGAACACACCUCCCCCUCCCUCCAGACUGUCGGAGCUCUCCUGAGAGAAGCCUGCGUCCAGCUGCCUUCCAUACGAGGGUGCUUCCUCACCCACCUGGCCCACCUGGAACCAUCCGUACUGAUGUCUCGAGACGCUCUGCUCGGCCGCAACCCCUGGAUCAACUCCCAUCUCCUCCCGGAGCUCACUGGUCCCACGUUGCCAUCUGACUGGCCUUUCCUCCCGCUUGUCAGCCUCUAUGAGCGAUCAGGGGUGUCUGACGGUGGGGGGUUAGCGAUGGAAGAGCUCCCAGGAGGGGCUCUACAGAUGGUGAUCCACUGUCUGCAGUGGCUGCUGCUGCUGGAGGUCUGGAGGGAGGAGGCACUUAAGGUGAUGCCUCCCGUUGCAAAGCUCGCCCGUCUGUCCUGUGUGUUCCUGUGUUCCAGUGACUUAUUCCUGGAGAGACGUGUUCAGAAACUGACCUGGGGUCUGUUCAGACUGCUGACCAGGCAGUCUAGGCUGGACUCUUUGGACCUGAACUUCCCUCCUCCAGGUCUAGCCUCUUUCCAGGAUUUGUACUCUGCUCUUCUGACUCAGUAUGAAGCCGUGUCCUUUGGAGACCCGCUGUUUGGCUGCUGGGUUCUCUUACCCCUGCAGAGGAGGUAUAGUGCCACCAUGAAGCUGGCUGUGUUUGGAGAACAUGUGGGGAUGCUGAGGUCACUGGGAGUCACUAUGGGACAGCUCUCCAUCCCUAUCGAGCGCUUCACGUCUCCCCCUGAAGACUCCCUCCCUCUCCUCCGUCUUUACUUCCGCUCUUUGGUGACGAGGAUCCUGAAGCCUUGCUGGUGUCCUGUUCUGUACGUGGUUGCUUUGUCUCAUGUCAACUCAUUCAUCUUCUCUCAGGACGCUGCAGCACAGGAGGUUGAAGCAGCUCGACGCAGUAUGCUGAGCAAAAUCUACUACCUGACUGACGAGGUGUUGAGGAACCACUUGCUGCUCUUCCGUCUGCCACAACAGCACUUAGAGUUUGGCUUCGAUAUGUACGAUCAGUUGCCUCCCAUUAGGGCGAAACGUUUGGAGAGUGUCAUUAGACUGCGGGGCAGUGGCGAUGACAAAGGAGACUGAAGGCUAAGGGAAUGGAAAAAUGGGAGUAGAUAGCCAAAAACAGAAGAGACAGAGGAGGGACAGAAUGUGACUGGGAGAAAAUCUUAGUAGAGACUAGAGCGCGGUAAAGAGAGGUUGGAUGUGGGAGAGGAAGUGAGACAUAAAUGGUAAGUACUGAAGGUGUCUCAUCAAGAUCGGGCUUGGAAAAAAGAAAUUCAGCCAACGCUAGAAAUUAAGUGCAGAUGCACAAGUCCCACAAUCUGAAGGAAUUCAACAUUUUUCCUUGACACCAGCGCUUUGCCAGACUCAGUGUGCAUCUGAUGAGCUUGGGAGACAGACCAGGACAGUUCUUUGCAUCUCGGAGUAGGGACAAAUGACCUACUUUACAAGUGCCUGUGAAAUUGUCUUUUCUGUGAAUAAAACAUGAUUUCAAGUAUGUGUA